AUGGUGAUCGUAGAUUCGGCACUUGAUGAAAAUGGAGAGGAACCUUCCUUUUCGGACAGCGAAUAUGGCUUUCAGGAGACUGCUACUGAUGAAGAUCUUGUUGGAGAUAUCUUACGCAAGAAACCGUCGUUAAAUGAAUAUGAUCACUGUUGCGUAAUAAUUUCGGGAAUACCGAUUGUUGGUGAGAAUCGUAUAUCAAAAUUGAAAAGUGUUCUAGGGAAAAUAUUUGGCCGGAUUCAUAAAGAAUUUAAAGACUUUUAUCCUGUUGAUGAAGCUGGUUGCACAAAAGGUUAUUGCUUUUUGGAAUAUCCAAGUAGCGAAGUUGCAGAAAAUGCUACUGCAAUACUUCAUGGCUAUCUUCUUGACAAAAGUCAUACAUUCUCAGCGAAUCUUUUCAAUGACUUGAAUAAAUUCGAAGAACCAGAUAGUAAUUGGAAGCCUCCUGAAAAGCGCCCAUAUAAUUACAUUGGUGAUUUAUGGUCGUGGUUACAAAAUGAUAAAUGUUACGAUCAGUUUGCAGUUCAUUAUGAGCGGGAUGCACAAAAUUCAAAAUAUGGUUCUGCAUCACCUUUUGUUGCAGUUUACGAAUAUCGUAAAGGACAAGAUCCAAUUUCAAUAACUGAACGACAUUUCUGGACUGAAACAGUAUUUAAAUGGUCCCCUAGUGGUACAUUUUUUGUGAGUGUUCAUCGCAUGGGCAUCGCUUUGUGGGCAGGAUCUAAUUUCGAGCGAUUUGCUCGUUAUUCUCACGAGAAUGUUGUUAUGCUUGAUUUUUCUCCUUGUGAAAGGUUUCUCGUCACUUAUUCAUUGCCGGAAAAUAGAUGGGCUGAUGAUACAAAUUCACUGCGUAUAUUUGACACAAUGACCGGAGAAAUGAGACGUGGUUUUUCGUUGCUUACGCAUGAUGGAUCUAAUGAGAUACCUUGCUGGCCAUAUUUUCAGUGGUCAGCAGAUGCUCGUACUCUUCGACCUGGUGAAAUAUAUCUAACCUGCCCUGAAGCAAAUGGUUAUGUGGCUUGUCCAAAGCCUGGUGGUAAUGGUAUUAAUGUUUAUGAGACCAAAAACUUUACUUUAUUAGACAAGAAACAUAUCACAAUCGAAAGUUUGCGGACUUUUCGAUGGUCCCCGACUCGUCAUAUCAUUGCUUAUUAUGUUGAAGAACGAACCUCCAAAAAUGCUCCAGCAGAGAUUGGUUUAAUGGAAAUUCCUUCCAAAAAAAAACUUCGUGCGCAGCGAAUAUUUUCUGUGUCAGAAGCAGAAUUAUUCUGGAAUAAAAGUGGAGACCUAUUGGCAGUUCAUACCGAACGUUACCAGAAAAAAAAUAUUAAAACAUCUGCGAAUGGGAUCAUAGAGGAAAUCAAGUAUACGAAUCCGACCUCUCAUAUAGAAAUUUUCGAUGCGCGAGGAAAAGAUAUUUCGCACAAAUCAACUCCUCUUUUAUAUCACUUGGAUACAAAUAAACACGUACCACAGCUGUUAUCAAAGUUUGAGCCAGUAGAACGCUUCAGCGAUGUUCUUUGGGCUCCAGCUGGGGGCUGGCUUGUUAUUUUUUCCGCAGGCACAACAUCCGGCAAUAUUAUGUUUAUUGAUAGCAAUGGUAAUCGUCCCACUCGUACCAGUUUAGUCGAAUACCCAGGUUUUAACAAGGGAAGUUGGGAUCCCACUGGUCGUUAUUUUACAGCUGCAUGUACAAUUGGAGGAGGAAAAGGUGAUACGGGUUACAGAAUUUAUACUUUCCAAGGAAAAGAACUCUACAGAAAGUCAUUAGAUCGUUUACUGCAGUUCAAAUGGCGACCACGUUUGUCAGUUAAAUUACCUGACGAAACUGUCAAAAUGAUACGAAAGAAUUUGAAAACGACAUCAGCUAAAUUCGAAGAGGAGGAUAAAUUGGAGCGUGGUAGAGCCACCAAGGAAGUAAGUGAAAAGCGUAAAAAAAUCAUGGCAGAUUUUGUGCAAAUCCGUAACGCUUGCACAAAGAAAUUAGCAGAAGAAGCGGAACUGCGUGCGAAAUUAAGAGGUGGCAUAGAGACGAUCAUAAUUGAUAAUGAAGAUCUAGUAGAUGAAACAAUAACCGUACCUCUAACCACUGAAAAAAUCAAGCUACCAGAAAUAACAGUACCUGACGAAUAA